GGCACAUUUUCAAAGUCCUUCAUUUUAAACAGAUAAACACCAUCGACAGGAUUUCAGAGAUGUCCAUUUCAAGAGGUGAUCUGGUGCCGUCUGUUGAGAGUUCAGAAAAGGUUUCCUCUGAAAGAUUAAGGAGCUUGCACCCUGCUGAGAUCAGACAACUGAUUCGAACCCGGAAACUUGGGACCAGGAGCACGUCAGGAAUGGCAGAAGGAUACAAACAAGCCAAUAUUGUGAUAUUGCACAAGGGCCUGGCUGAUGAUUUUCAAAAAUUCUGCCAUGCAAACAGUGGCCCAUUGCCAUUGCUGUACAGGAGCCAACCAGGAGAAUGGAAAUGCUCUAUACUAACAGACAACUCUGACAUAAGAACAGACUGCCCUCAGUAUUGUACAUUCCAAUGUGGAAACUUCACUGGCUACAAAUCUGAUCUACUGGAGUACACGAAAGAGCUGGAGGACAUGACAACCUUCUACCUGGGCUGUAGUUUUGCUUUUGAACAGGCAAUUUUGAAGGCAGGGGUUCCAAUAAGGAACGUUGAACAAAAACGCAAUGUGAGCAUGUAUAAGACGUCAGUGCCAUGUCGUGAGGUGGGCAGGUUCCAGUGUAACAUGGUGGUCUCCAUGAGGCCUGUCCCAGAGGGAAAACUCAAUGCUGUCGCACAAGCCACCCACCCAGCAAGAGAUGUUCAUGGGGCUCCAGUUCAUAUUGGCCACCCUGGAUUAAUUGGAAUCCAGGACCUGUCUAGACCAGACUAUGGGGAUCCAGUUGAGCCUCAUCAAGGGGAUGUCCCUGUGUUCUGGGCUUGUGGGGUGACGGGGGUGGAAGCUGUACAGGGCUGCAAACCUCCUCUGGCAUUCACCCACUCUCCUGGCAGGAUGUUCAUCACUGAUUGUAAAAGGGACGAGUCCGAUCCUGUUCUCAACACUGACCCGACAGAGACCGUACAGACCUUCUGCAUAUCCCAGAACCCUCUGCACUACAGUGUUGCCUCUGCUGCUGCAGUUCAAAAGAUCCGGGCCCUGGAGUGUCACAUUGGGGUUGACGCAGGUGACCAAGGUAUAAAAGCCCUGUUCAUCCCAGACGAGCUGCUGAAGGCCUCCCUGUGCUUGUCACAUGCAGCCUCAGUUCUUAUCACUACUGGGUUUCCGACCCACUUCAACCAGGACCCUCCUGAAGAAACUGAUGGACCUCCAGGUGCCAUCGCCAUGGCAGCCAUGCUCCAGGCCCUGAUGAAACAGGUUGCUAUAGUAACUAACCGUCGGGCCUUAGAAAUUAACAAGAAGAUUAUUGAGGGUGCUGUUGAGCAAGGAAUUUUAAAUACACCAGUACCCCUCCUCAGUUUCCAAGAUGAUAGCCAGGAUUCAGCUUUGAGAUUCCUGUGCCAUGACGGAAAUCCGAAGACACCCAGGUAUGACCACUUGGUGGCAAUAGAGCACGCUGGCAGGGCUGCAGAUGGAAACUACAACAACAUGAGGAAAGUGAAUAGCAAACACAUGAUUGACCCCAUAGAUACUCUGUUCAUAACAGCAAGCACAAUCCCAGGCAUCAUGACAACAGGUGUUUCAAACUGGGGUGGCUAUGCAGUGGCCUGUGCUCUCUACAUCCUCAAUUGCUGUCCAAUUCACGAGAGAUACCUCCAGAAGGCAGUUGGGUUCCCCAGACACUCGGAGCAGGAUUCCUGGGCCUCGGCACUCCCAACAGUCACUAAGGAAGAAAAACUGCUGGAAAUCCUCAAGAAGUACGGGAUUGGAAGUGGCAAAACCGGGAAUCUGGGAAUGGAGGUGAACGGCCCGCCUUUCUAUGACACUCACUCCACUAUGAUCCAGCAGCUUGCCGAGAUCACAUUGUAGUUAUCGGGAAUAUCAUGACAAGCCCAGAAACUCCCUGAUGAAAUAAAAUUCCUUGUAAACUGAAAACAUAGUUACUGCUACUAGGUACUGAUAGCCACAGCCUAGGGAAUGGAAAUAUGUGUUUGUUUUUCUUUUGAUGAAAGGUGCUUGUUUUCAGACACCGAAGCCUUUGCCCUGUAUUUACAGAUCUGAUUUCUGUUUUGGUAUGUUAUUUUAUUCUUUGGAUCAGAAUCUAUCUGUGCUUGUAUAAUCCUGCUCACCAGAACAUUUUGAGGAAACCUUUCAUCUCUACUCGAUCUGUAGUAAUAGGUGGCGAGUUGAUUUGAUCAUUUUCUACCCCUAUCAUAUUUUCUGUGUUUCCUACCCAAAGUUGAAGACCGCUAAUGUUCUAAAAACAUGGCCAUCGAUCAGUUGUGGGCAUGGGAUAAAUGUGUGAAGCAGUGAUCCAUUAACGAUUUUUAAAAUACAGCUGUAAUUUGAGGAGUUCUCAUUUUUCAAAGAAAACAUAAAAAAUGCAUUAAUUGGUACUCCAAAAUCCAUGGAAAUUGAUCUUGUUUCACUACUGCCUUAAAUACCAGGGAGAGUUCAUAAUUACGAUCAUUGACGAAUUGUUGCAGGAGUCUGCUCAAAAUAGAUUUUUACAGCAAAUAAAACUAAUACUCUUGUAGUCAGUAGAUUAUAAUGGAAUAUUGUAAUAAACAGUAACUACACCUGUAAUUACCUUUUACGUAAACAUACAUUGACAUAUAGAUGUGUUAGAAUUCAUUAAAUGUAGUGUUCUGUUGAACUUAUCAGUUAUUUUAGUAAACUAUCCAAUCUGUAUUUUUGACAGCCUUGUAAUUCCUUUAUUGGACUUGGCAAGUUUCUGUGGACAUAUUGUAACAUUGGUAAUUACUGGUCAUUGUAGCCUCAAAGUACUAAUGUACAUUAGAUUGAUAAUUUCAGACUGUCAGGAUAUGAUAAAAGGGACUAUAUUUAAAAAAAACAAAAAAACACACAGAAAAUGCAAAUGUAAAGAUUUGGUACAUGUAAUGGCUAACUACUGUCUUUAAAUUGUUAAUUAACAAAACAGUUAAAUUAAUAUUGUUCAAGAUCCCAUAGAAAUGUGCUAGAAAAAAAAGUAUUUAGUAAAGAGACAGGAAGAACCCUGUUGCUGCUGCUUGCACAGAUGGGUGCAUCUGGGAUGCGUAACAGGAGACACGUUGCCAGGCAACCAAUUGAGCAGGUAGGCUCGCCCGGCGCUGAGCUGAUCGGGCGGUUCAGAUUGGCUGGGGGGCAUGCCUGGGAUGGCUGCACGGAGCAUCUGUGCCACAGCUUCAGGAGACUGCACCACCAUGCUACACAGAGGGAAGCUUUGUUUACAUCCAUGAGGACAAUGUCUGCUCUGCAGGACAACUACUACGGAACCCCUCAACUGCAGGAUGGUGCCUGUGAAGGCUGUGCCCAGCCAGGACUGUCGCAACGACCCGGAGCAGCUGGGAGGCUGGGCCUUCAGGAGCAACAGCAGCAGGUUAGUUUAGGGCAAGGCUUCUCAAACACCCUGUGGCUGCUGGACUGAGUUUGAGAAGCCCUGGUUUAGGGGACGUUGAUCCCAAGCAGUAUAGAGAGGGUUCCGUAGUGUAGCAGGUUCCUGGAGCGGGACAUCUCUUUUAAUGAGGUUAGCACUCACCUUGUGUGGCAAACUUUUAUUUUUAGCUUUAUUGUGUUUUCUUUAUUAGUUCUGAGACUAGGGCUACCAUUACUGGUACCCUAGUGACAGCCUGUGUGUUUAAUAAAAUCAACACCCAA